AAACAUCCAGCCUCACACCGCCAUCCGACUGGAGCUAACAGGGAGGGAUCAGCGGGAUCGAGUUAGGAGCGCUUUAGCCCGUCGUGUCGACACAUUCCCGCAUCAUUUAACGUUUCUUUUCCAGCGGACAAAAAUCGUGAUCAUAACGGGGGAUCUGAUCUGGACACCCGGAGGACGGAAUGGGGGAGCACACGGCGUUUCUGCUGUUACUGGCGGCGACCUUGACGCUUUCAUCCGAGGUGCCUGCCGAUGACUCUGUAGGUUUGCUCACUGAGCCUCAGGUGGCCAUGUUUUGUGGGAAGCUCAACAUGCACAUCAAUGUGCAGAGUGGUAAAUGGGAGUCUGACCCCUCUGGCACCAAGAGCUGCAUCGGCACCAAGGAGGGCAUCUUGCAAUACUGCCAAGAGGUGUAUCCAGAGCUGCAGAUCACAAAUGUUGUGGAGGCCAACCAGCCCACCAGCAUCCAGAACUGGUGCAAGAAAGGCCGCAAGCAGUGUCGCAGUCACACACACAUUGUUGUCCCAUACCGCUGCCUGGUUGGGGAGUUUGUGAGUGACGCCCUGCUUGUUCCUGACAAGUGUAAAUUCCUGCACCAAGAGCGUAUGGAUCAGUGUGAGAGCCACUUGCACUGGCACACUGUGGCCAAAGAGUCCUGUGGAGACCGCUCCAUGAAUCUCCACGACUACGGGAUGCUGCUGCCAUGUGGUAUUGACCGUUUCCGAGGAGUGGAGUUUGUCUGCUGUCCAGCUGAGGCUGAGCGUCAGGCUGAUAGUGCAGAGCUGGAUGGGGAGGAGUCAGACGUCUGGUGGGGCGGAGCUGAAACCGAGUACUCUGACAACGGCAUGUCUCGUCAGGCGGACACAGAGCCUGCCGUCGCCGAGGAUGAUGAAGAUGAGGAUGAGGAGGUCGAGACUUUUGAGAGGGAUGAGAACAUGGAUGGUGAUGAGGAAGAAGAGGAAGAAGAUGAGGAUGACGAUAUUACCGAUGAUCGUUAUAGUGAUGAGCGUAAUACUAACAUCGCCAUGACAACCACAACAACCACCACCACUGAAUCAGUUGAGGAAGUUGUUCGCGCCGUUUGUUGGGCACGUGCUGACUCAGGCCCAUGUGAUGCCAUGCUGGAGCGUUGGUAUUUCGUGCCUAAGAAGGGCCGAUGUGCUCCCUUCUUGUUUGGGGGCUGUGGGGGCAACAGGAAUAACUUUGAUUCAGAAGAGUACUGCCUAGCUGUCUGCAGCAGCUCGUUACCAACUAUGGCUCCCAGCCCUCCAGAUGCCGUGGACCAGUACCUCGAAUCUCCUGGAGAUGACAAUGAACACGCUGACUUUCAGAAGGCCAAGGAAAGCUUGGAGGCCAAACACAGGGAGAAGAUGUCCCAGGUGAUGAGAGAGUGGGAAGAAGCUGAGAGACAGGCCAAAAACCUUCCUCGUGCUGAUAAGAAAGCUGUCAUACAGCAUUUCCAGGAGAAGGUGGAGGCUCUGGAGCAGGAGGCAGCCGGAGAGAGGCAGCAGCUAGUGGAGACACACAUGGCUCGGGUGGAGGCUUUACUCAACAGCCGCCGACGCCUUGCCCUGGAAAAUUACCUGAAUGCACUACAGGCAAACCCCCCACGGCCACGUCAAGUUUUGAGCCUGCUGAAGAAGUAUGUCCGUGCAGAGCAGAAAGACAGGCAACAUACACUGAAACACUAUGAGCACGUGCGCACUGUUGAUCCCAAGAAGGCUGCCCAGAUCCGACCUCAGGUUUUGACUCACCUACGUGUGAUUGAUGAGAGGAUGAACCAGUCAAUGGGGCUGCUCUACAAAGUCCCCAGUGUGGCUAAUGAGAUCCAAAACCAAGUCGCUGUUAUAAUGCAGAGAGUUCAGUCGGAGCUGUCUCAGCAAGUCUCUUCCCUGCAGAGCGAUGGGCGGGUGGAUGGCAGGGUGAGUUAUGGAAAUGAUGCUCUGAUGCCGGAUCAGGCCUACAGUUCUGCUCCCAUGGAUGCUGGUCUGGACGGACUGGGCUUCAUCCACCCUGAGAGCUUCAACCAGCCCAACACAGAAAACCACGUUGAGCCUGUUGAUGCCCGUCCUGUUCCAGACAGAGGACUCCCCACACGACCUGUAUCUGCCCUGAAGCCUGAAGAGAUGCCAGAAGUGCGAAUGGACACCGAAGAAAGGCAAAGUGCUGGCUACGAAGUUCACCAUCAAAAACUGGUGUUUUUCGCAGAGGAUGUGGGAUCCAAUAAAGGUGCCAUUAUCGGGCUAAUGGUUGGAGGGGUUGUCAUAGCAACCAUCAUUGUCAUCACUUUGGUGAUGCUGAGAAAGAAGCAAUAUACUUCAAUUCAUCACGGUGUAAUUGAGGUGGAUGCAGCUGUGACACCUGAAGAACGUCAUCUGGCUAAGAUGCAGCAAAAUGGCUAUGAGAAUCCUACCUACAAAUUCUUUGAACAGAUGCAGAACUAAAGAAACUACUCAUGACCAUUUUCUUCAGGCUUAUCCAAAACCCACACUCUCACCUGUAGGGUCUGUUCCAUUCUUUGCCCUUAGCCCUGACAUCUUCAGUCGCUCGCUCAAUUAAGGAGAAAGGGAGGGUGCAAAAAGUUCUGCAGAUGCUGAUUUUUGUCUUUAGAUAAGUUAGAGGAAAUAGCUGAAUCGUUUUUACUAUUAUAUGUCUAAUCAGGAGUUUGGGCCAAAGGAAACAGACAUGGAACAAAGCCCUCUUCAUCCCUGAUCCCUGUUGUAAAAGAGCAAAACAUGAGCAUGCAUUACCUGCAGUUGGUCAGACAAGGGUCUUCUGUUUAACCUGCACAUUUCAACCAAUCAUAACAAAACCUUCACAGUGUUUGUCCUGAAAGCCAAACACCAUGUUAAUUAUUUAUAUGAAGUCAUUUGUCCGACCUUCAUUGCAGUUUUGAGCUCACUGCUGAGACCAGAAUCAUACCCGGCCUGGCAGUUUAAUUCCCACUCAGUCCCUCAUCGCUUCAACUCUUUGCUCCUUUUUCCACAGUCUGUCCUGCACAAUCCAGUUUGCCUGCUCUCAGAGGACAGCUGUGCUGUGUUUGAUGACAUACCAGCUCCUAGAGCUCGCAAAAUGUUGGAGGGGCUCUCAGAGCGCCUCUCCUCACAAUUAAAGCCCAAGAGUUUCAGGUUUGUUUUUCAAAAAAUGUCAAAAAAUACAGAAAAAUAUAUGUAAUCAAACUAUGUAAGUUUAAAAAUACUGAAUGUUUGGUUUCUGAUUUUUUUAUGUGUAAUAUAUUAAGACAGAGAUUAGCUGUAAGUAUAUGUAGUGCAUGGCAAUAUUGAUGACAGAUAAAGUAUACUGUAUGUUGAGGACCUCAGGAGUGGUCCUCUUACUAGAUAUUUUAGCAGGAUUGUACAUUUCCAGUGUCUUCUUUGUGAUCUGUGAUAUGAAGAAGAAAAGAGUAUUCAGAAUCUGGUCUGCUUUGUUGUCACACAGACUUGCUUUAACUGAUUCUUGGCUCUUUAUGCUCAUCUCCAUGCUUCACCAUUGUGUUAGCUGCAUGGGCAAAUGCUCCAUAUGUAAUAUAUGAAGUGUAAUAGUAUCCGAAAGGAAGAUGAUUAUGUUACUGUUUGCGUUCUAUGCACUCUGUCAUUUUGGAAGUCUGAUCAUUAUCACCAAAUAUUAUUACUGUGAAGUCGCUGAUGUCGAUUCACUUGGGUUUUUAUUAGAAUGAGGACCGAUAACGUCAGAGAGCUGAUCAUUCCAGACUUAUCAUUCCACACUCCCUCUGGACGGUAAAUAUUUGGAUGAUGGAGAUCCGCCUCCAAAUGGCCCAGUUUCAGUAUCAAGCUUCACCUUUCAGCCUUUUCCCUUUGUUCUUGUGUGUGUAUUUCAUAACCCUCAUUUUUCAUGUUUAUCCUUCCUUUUAAAGCUGUGUCAGCAAUAUUGUACAGUGCAACACUUGAGAAUCAGUGUGUGAGUAUUUGAUAUAUAGACAUGUUUUGUUGAACCCGACAAGGAUCAGAGCAGUUUCACAAUGGUUUUCUCUUACACACAUACUGGUGCAGAUUCCUUCACUGAAUCUCACAUGCACAUUUCUAUUUUUCUACAUUUCCUGUGUAUACAUGUACAGUGCGUCUGUUUGUCCUGUGGUGGAUGCCUAAGCCUCAAUAUCUGUUAGGCUUCGUGAAUACACAAAGCUUUACUGUCAGUUGAGUGACUCCUGUCGACACUGGGAGAAUGACCACUUAUCACAUCAGCAUAAACACACUUUCCCUCGCCCCGAAUUAAGUUAUUAAGGCCACCUCCAUUAAACAUGAAUGUGACAUGCAUACUGCAUUUAAACCAUAGAUAUACAACACAUAUCACCUCUACACACCUUAUUUAGACAUGUACAGACACUAAAUGAAGUUCGUAAUCAGGUGAAUGUUUAAAAUUUGUACUGAUGCUCACUCUAGGUGUCUUUGGAAGCUAGUGCUAAAAAAAGAUGCUUUUUUUUCUCACUAAUUCAUCAACAUUCCUGUGUGUAGGUAAUGAACCAUUUGCUUAAAGUAAGACAAAGCUUUCUACACUCACUAUACCAUGAAUAAAAUUUUGAAUGUACAUAA